AUGUUAUCACUCCGACUUAUUCGUAGUUUUUCAACUACGAUCCGCUAUAGCUCGUCGGCUUCUUCAUCGUCAAACUUGAAGGAGGCUAAUGCUAGCACCUUGAAUACACCUCUGAUUAAAGGCUAUGAGAAACCUGAAACUUAUCAUAUUGAUGGCAAAUCAUUUGAAACGGAUGAUUUAUGGAAUCUUUCGCCCGCUGUUCAAAAAUUAAUGGCCAGAAGAUUACUUGAGGAGUCAUCCAAUCCUCUUUCGCUACUGAAACAGCGGCUAAUUAACUAUUUCCAUCAAACUUAUAGAAAACCCGGGAAUCGUUCUCCUCUGUUCACAAUCUGUGAUAAGGAGCCACGCGUUGUAACCACAUAUGAAAAUUUCGACUCACUUCUCACUCCAUUAGAUCAUGUCUCAAGACGUCCUUCUGAUACUUAUUAUGUGAACUCCACAAAUUGCCUACGCGCCCACACUUCUGCUCAUCAGCACAGCUU